CGUCGGUAGGCGUCGCUGCCGUAAACCGGGCUGUCGGUUUGCCGCAUCACGGAAGAUGGCGGCUACGGCGGUGAACGGGGUGGCCGGCACCUCGAGCUCGGGGACUGCGGCGGCCUCGGGCGCGAUCCUGCAGGCCGCGGCCGGCAUGUACGAGCAGCUCAAGGGCGAGUGGAACCGGAAAAGCCCUAAUCUUAGCAAGUGCGGGGAAGAGCUGGGCCGUCUCAAGCUGGUUUUGUUGGAGCUCAACUUCCUGCCAACCACAGGGACCAAACUGACCAAGCAGCAGCUCAUUCUGGCCCGUGACAUACUGGAGAUCGGGGCUCAGUGGAGUAUCCUACGCAAGGACAUCCCCUCCUUCGAGCGGUACAUGGCCCAGCUCAAAUGCUACUACUUCGAUUACAAGGAGCAGCUCCCAGAGUCAGCCUACAUGCACCAGCUCCUGGGCCUCAACCUCCUCUUCCUGCUGUCCCAGAACCGGGUGGCUGAGUUCCACACAGAGUUGGAGCGGCUGCCUGCCAAGGACAUCCAGACCAACGUGUACAUCAAGCAUCCAGUGUCCCUCGAGCAAUACCUGAUGGAGGGCAGCUACAACAAGGUAUUCCUGGCCAAAGGCAACAUUCCCGCCGAGAGCUACACUUUCUUCAUCGACAUCCUGCUUGACACUAUCAGGGAUGAGAUUGCUGGUUGUAUCGAGAAGGCCUAUGAGAAAAUCCUCUUCACUGAGGCCACCCGGAUCCUCUUCUUCAACACACCCAAAAAGAUGACAGACUACGCCAAGAAGCGAGGGUGGGUCCUGGGCCUCAACAACUACUACAGCUUUGCCAGCCAGCAGCAGAAGCCGGAAGAUACCACCAUUCCUUCCACGGAGCUGGCCAAACAGGUCAUCGAGUAUGCCCGGCAGCUGGAGAUGAUCGUCUGAGUCCACCAGGCACUGGGGUGGGGCACGGCUUGCAUUAUUUAAGGCAGUUGCAGUGCAGAGUCGUUCCCCCUCCCCGCCCCCCCGCAAUAAAGAUGGAUUGACAUUUUCUUUCUUAGGCCCUUGUCGCCCCAAGUGGACUGGUAGGGACAUAAGUUCUUAUUACCUCUGAAGAACUUGGAAGUUUGAGGGCACAAGGAAGUCUGAGAUAACCUUGGAUCAGCCUCUUUCCAAUGGCCAUUGCUCAGAGUCUCCAACACAGAUGGCCUGAGGGAGGGACAGGCCCCAAUAGAGGGACUCUUGAGGCUAGCUGUGGACGCUCAAAGGCCAGGCCAAGGUACCAGUGUUCAGUGAAGGGGGCGAAAUGUCCUGAUAUUGAAAAAUACUUGCAGUGAUUAAACCAGUUUUUUAAAAUGA